AUGCAGGUUUCCAGACCCAGCUCCGAGAUCUCCACACCCAGCUCUGAGAUCUCCACACCCAGCUCUGAGAUCUCCACACCCAGCUCUGAGAUCUCCACACCCAGCUCUGAGAUCUCCACACCCAGCUCUGAGAUCUCCACACCCAGCUCUGAGAUCUCCACACCCAGCUCUGAGAUCUCCACACCCAGAUCUGAGAUCUCCACACCCAGAUCUGAGAUCUCCACACCCAGAUCUGAGAUCUCCACACCCAGAUCUGAACAUGACAUCAGACUGAGACCCAGAACUGAACAGACCAGGACCCAGAACUAAAUGUAACAUCAGACCGGGACCCAGAACUGAACGUGACCUUGGACUGAGACCCAGAACUGAACAGACCAGGACCCAGAACUAAAGGUAACAUCAGACCGGGAUUUAGAACUGAAUGUGACUUGGUACCGGGACUCAGAACUGAACAUGAUGUUGGACUGAGACCUAGAACUGAACAUGACAUCAGACCGGGACCCACACCUGAACAUGACCAGCUACCAGGACCCAGAACUAAACAGGACAUCAGACACAGAACUGAACAUGACCUCGUACUGGGACCCAGAACUGGAUCCAUCUCUUCCUGCUGAAAACACCACCGGAUGUUUUUACAGGAUCUUAUGUGAAAAACUAAAUCUGUCUUCCACUUCGAGACUUUAGGAGACUUGAUCUGGAACAGUGGUUUCUGAUGACGUUUAUUAUUCUGGUUGAACUGGGACUGUGUAGUUUGACCAGAAGGACUUGUUCCAAUCACCAGCCAGUUAAAUUGGUUUAUUGCUGUAACAUCCAGAGAGCCGAUGGUCUGUCUCCAUUUUCUAAUCCUGACUUCUUGUUAUUUUAUUAGGACAAAUAGCUACUGAUGGGUAAAGGUCAUCUCAGGAUGGGGAGGAUGGGGCAUUUUCUGUUCUUCAGCUGUGCUAUAUUAUAGAUUUUAAUGUUUUUAUUUGAACAAACGUUGACCAGCUUUGGGUUUUCUCUGUUCAGAGAUUCUGCACCUGUGGACCGAACUAACUGGAUCAUCAGGAUGUUUUUAUGUGCCACUUCAGGUUAAAUUUUCUCUUUUCAGCACCGACCUCCAUUAAAAUGGAGACUCUAUUUCUUUAAUUAGUGCAUCUUUGAGCACAACGUUAACACUGGAAAUUUAUUUUUAGUUUUUAAAUUAGAAAAGUGAGCUGAGUGUGAUUAUUGCUCCUGGCCUGCAGGAGGCCGAUUGCAAAACAUUACCAUCACUUCACACUAUAAACAUGUACAGCUAAUAAAUCGGCAUUUUGAAAUUCAAUUGUAAAUACUUUUAGUGCUAAUGUUUGUAUAUAUCAUCAUCAUUAUAAUUUAUUCCUUUUAAAUAACCCAUUUGUUCAUUUUUCUUUCAGCUGUUCAGAUUUUUAUGGCACUUUUUUGGGUUAACAUCUGACAUCUAAAAAAUGUUCCAUAAGCACAGUUUUUAGUACCAUGUUGAUGUGUAUAUUUCAUCACCCAGGACCAGAACAUUCAGAUUAGAUGACACCCUGUGUGGUUGUGAUGGUAUGUAAAUGAGGGGAGCUUGUGUGGCGUUGUCAUGGUGACGACAGGUGAAAGGUGUUUCGUAGAUAUCAGCCAACCUGACAUCAUCCCAUUUCCUGCUCUCAUUGAAUGUUUAUGAGCACAGAUAUGGUUGAAGUGCAUGUUAAAGUUCAUAUUGGAAUGCGUCCGAGCUUUUCAGCUCAGGCCGUUUCUUUUGGGCUUCUUUAGGUCUCCUUUCUAUGCAGAUGUUUUUAUAUCUGUUUUAAUCCUAUAUAGAGACUUUUUCUACCAUAUUCAAUGAGUAUUUUCACAUGAAAAAUUCUUUGUUAAAUUUUCUGAAUAUUGUUCAAAUCUGAAAGGUAAAUUUGAAUAAAAUUUGUAUACUUG